AUUAUUAUUAUUUUAUUUUAAAUUAAUAUUGUUUUAAUAUUUUUAAAUUAUUUUGAGGUAAUAAUAUAAAAAUAAUUUUUUAAAAAAUAAAAUAAAAAUAAUUUUUUUAAAAAUAAAAUAAAAAUAUUUUUUUAAAAAGACAACACUACUUCAGUCUUCCGUAACUAUUGAGAACUUUUCAUUGAGACUACUUCAACAAAAAAAAAAAACUAUUGAGAACUUUUCAUUUCUCCUCUCCAAGCCCUAUAAAUUACAAAUUCCUUCCCUCCUUCCUUCCUCUCCCGCGCGCUCCUUGACAAACAAAGCAAACUCAAAACAGCACUGGACAAAGCACUUAAUUAAAAAAAAAAUGAGCAAACCAUCUCCGAUUCUUAAAAAGCCAAAAGUAGAGCAGCAAAACAACGACGACGAUAAUGAAGUGUCACUAAAUCAAGAAUGCAAAGAGAACAACGGCAGAGAAGAAGAAGAAGAUAGCAUGGAGGAGCAAAAAGUCGCUUUGAUUGCUCUAAUCGAACAUCGUUCUCAUGAACUUCAGCAUCUUAAGCAACGCGUUUCUUAUUAUCAAGCUCAGCUUGUUGAAGCAGAGAAGAGGUUAGAGGAAUCGCAGGUGAAAUUGGGUCGGUUAAGUGGAAAAGGCAAUGCAACAGCGCCUAAUAAACCUUCUGUAGAGAAUGGAAUUAAGAAUGUGAAGGUGGAGAGGAAAUCUCCAAGUCCGGUUCGUGUAAAUGAGGCUUCUCCUGGAAGCCAGCCCCCGUCUAGGACUGAACUUGUGAUUCCGAAAGUUCCUCAACCACUAAAAUUGGUGGGUUCAGGUGCGAGAAUUUCGAGUUGUUCUAGUGCUCAAUCGAGUUCUUCCACUCCCUCUAAUGGUGUUGCGAAUGCGAAAGUAGAAAAACUUAAUAGUGUUGCGGAUGUAAAAGUGGAAAAAUCCAAUAGUGAUGUGAAGGUGGAAAGGUCUCACAAAAGUUCGUCUCCUGAUGUUGAAGUUAUUGAAAUUCAGGAUAGAGGAACGAAAAGGAAGAUUGAACAGAAAGAACACAAGGAAUUGAUUCCACUGGUGUCUAGGAGCUCUUCUCCCUGCACAGUCCACUGCCAUACAAGUAAUCAUAUCCCUAGUCAGCACAAAAGAAAGUUGAGAAGUGUUGCUGUUUGUCCAGCCAAUGAUCAGCUUUUUGUGUCCAGUGCUUUGGAUGGAAUGGUCCACCUAUGGCAACUUCAAGCUCGAGGGUCAGGUGCCUCUAUACUUAGCACCACUGAUUGUGUGUCUCCAUUGCAACGUCGAUGGCCAGAAGAUAUAGCCUGGCACCCACUGGGAAAUAGCUUAUUUUCUGCUUACACUGCAGAUAGUGGGGAUUCUCAGAUAUCAAUUCUGAAUUUGAAUAAAAUGCAACGGAGAGCACGUGUAACUUUCUUGGAUGACAAGCCUCAUAUUAAGGGUACUAUUAACAGCAUAGAGUUCAUGCCCUGGGAAAAUACCUGUUUUGUUACUGGCUGCAGUGAUCAUGGUGUUGUUCUUUGGAAUGAGAAAGAUGAUGAGAACUUAUGGAAGCCAAAGAUAUUGCACAGGAAUUUGCAUUCUUCUGCUGUCAUGGGGGUUGCCGGGAUGCAGCAAAAGCAGAUUGUACUGUCUGCUGGCGCAGACAAGAGAAUUGUUGGGUUUGAUGUGCAAGUUGGGAGAGCUGACUUCAAGCAUCAACUCGACAGCAAGUGCAUGAGUGUUCUGCCAAAUCCAUGUGAUUUCAAUUUAUUCAUGGUUCAAACAGGGACUCAUGGGAAGCAACUUAGGCUGUUUGAUAACAGACUGAAGCAAAUGGAAAUUCAUUCUUUUGGGUUUAAACAAGAAAGUAGCGACUCUCAGUCAGCUCUGACCAAUCAAGCUUGGUCUCCUGAUGGCCUGUACCUCACAUCUGGUUCAGUAGACCCUGUGAUCCAUAUCUUUGAUAUCAGGUAUAAUUAUGACAAGCCAUCCCAGUCCAUAAAAGCUCACCAGAAACGAGUCUUUAAAGCAGUAUGGCAUUACUCUCUCCCACUUCUGAUUUCCAUAUCUUCUGAUCUGCACAUCGGGUUACACAAGAUCAUCUAGCCUUGGAAGCUUUGUUUCAUACAUUUUAUGCAAUUCCUUUUGUUGGUCAUGUUGGCUGUGCUCCUCAUUUUGCCUUGAGCGGAAUUAUGUAACUUGUUUUGAAGAGGGACAAGCUUAUCUUAAGAUCAUUUUUGGGUUGACAAUUUUGCCGUUGGAUUGUGAGAGACAGAACUCUGGGGGGAUGGACAAAUAGUUGCCAAAUGGAUAGAUUUUACCUGGGGACCUUGAUACAUGUUAUAGGUGGCCUUAUGAUUCGAAAUGAAACAGCAGUGAAGCUCGUUUCUUUUUGUCCUCCCUGUUGGAGGCAACAGCCUCCACUCCCCAAACUCAUUCAAUUUGUUCGAGUGUUAUCAUAUUCAAUUUUCUACUUAUGUUCUGCAUUUGUCUACA